CUCCCCCCGCAGACCUUCCCGCCUCCCUGGGCCCUCAGUCUCCCCUGGGAGCUCUUUCCAGUCACAGUUUCAACUACUCGUGGGUGUUGGGGCUCCAUCCACCGAGGGCCCCUCACCUACGAUGGGCACCCCGCUUCUCCAUCGAGGGGGCCUCCCGAUGUCCUACCUGGGGCUGUUCUUAGACCAGGAAGGGGGUGUUGAGACUCCCCAGUGACCCCGUCUCCCCAGGCUCACCUCUUUCCUCUGCCCCUCCCCCCUCCAGUGUCUCCAGAGCCCCUGAGUCCCCCUCCGGCAGGCGGAGGAGGCCUUGGCGGGGCAGGGGUGGGGGGGGGGUCUAACUGGUCUUUAUCUGAGUGUUUUCCAGACUCCUGACUUCAGACUCCAUCUUCCGCGCCUCCCAGGAGGUCCUGGAGCCUGGGCGGGGGCGCCCCUCCCCCACCUCUGAGCUCUGAAAGCUCCCUGCCCCACCUGCUGUCCUCCAGCCUCACCUGCUUGGCCUUUGUCAUUUGCUCCCUGGUGUUUGAGAUCCAAAGCAGAUGAGAAGGAAACAGUGUCCCACCAACCCAGCAAAACUUGGAAGCCUCUAGCGCUUCCUGAGUCAACUUUGGUGAUGAGCCUCUAGAAAACUUUUAUUCAUUUUAUGUAGAAUUUUCAAACUGAUGUGCUUACAGUUGUAUACGGGCUCCUUGCCUUAUUUUUCCAGUCUGCAUUUCCGAGGUUAUAUCCUGCCACAACCAAUGGCGGUUGAUUGUCCCUCUUAGAUAUUGUGGGUGGGUUUGUUAUUGGGGGCGGCUCAAAGCAAAAUUAACCACCCUAAUCUUUGUCAUUAACACAAGAGGAGACUUACUGGAGCAGAGCCCCAGGAGAGCAGGAGUUCUGGGGCCAAAGAGCUCCAUCCUGGCUCUGGGGACCCUUUAUCUGCCAGCCCUGGUCCAAGUCAUGGGCCCCUGAGAGCAGUCAGGCAGGGGCCAGCAUCCACAUCCUGCAGGUGGGACACAAGGGGCUUGCCUGCCUCCUGCCUGAGGGCUCCAAAGUGCUGUUUUUGUAUGUCCCACACGGCCCAGGGCUGACCCUGAGCCUCAGCCAGGCCCUGGACCAGGGCUGCAUUUGGUCCCCAGGAAUAAUGACGUGAGCAUUGGUGAUUACCAAUAGUGUGGAGCAGCGGCUGCGUAUUAAAGUGCCGAGGGGGCCGCACCCAUCCUUUCAGUCAAUCUUCACAAAGCUCUGGGAGAGGAGAUUUGUUGCCCCAUUUCAGCCUGUUUGGAUCCCACAUGAUGGUGCGCCUCUGGGUUCUGUCUCUUCCUCUCUCCAUCUCUGUGUCUCUCUGACUCUGUCUCUUUCGCUCUCCAUCUCUGUCUCUGUCUUUCUAUCUCUGUAUCUCUGUCUCCCUCUGUCUCUUCUCACAUUUUUCUGUAUCUUCCACCUUUUCUUUCUACACAGUUCUUGCCAGAACAUUUUAAAAUUAACUGCUUCUCUGCCCCUCCCUCCUUAACCACCCCUUCUCCUUAUCACAUGCCGUUCAGGGUGGAGUGAGGUGGUCCCCCAGCGCCUCUCCUCCUGCCUUCCUUCUGGCUUCUCUGGUCCUCAGGACUAGGGGCACAGCCUCUGCUCUGUCCUCUGGCCUCCUCAGCACACGCUCCCUGGUCCCUGCCACCGCUUGCUUGUCUGCCCUGUGUCCUGGGUCAGUAACUUGGAAGGCUGGAGCUGCCCGAGGCCUGGCCGGGCUGAUGGCAUAGACACCCGCGAGUUUGGAGCGUCCCUCCCCUAGGUUCCCUCUUGGGCUGCUGUGCCACGUACCCAGCAUCCACUUGGCCCGUUAUGCAGUGUCCCACAGGAAUCGGCACCAGGAUACCUGAACACAGGACCCUGAACUCAGUGUCACCUGUGCUUUUAACCUGGUGAACGGCACCUGUAAAUGGGUCUUCUUGGUGCCCACACACCCAUCAGUAGUCAUGCUGUCCAUCCCCGGGCUUGACUCCAUGGCAGCCUCCUUGGGUCACAUCCCUAUCCUCCCACCCCUGCCUGUGUGCUUCCCCUGCAGACCGUCCAGGUGUCCCUUUGGGGUAGAAUGAAGCCCUCCUCCGCUGUACCUCUCAGGUCUGGCCAGACUUCCUUCUGGAAUGUCCGGGGCCAUGGCUUUCCUCAGGCCUCCACGUGCAGGAGGGAACCAGAUCAAGAUCUUCCCGGAUCUGGAGGGAUUAUUUUCAAUAAUGGACCGACCUGGCAGGACACCCGGCGGUUCUCCCUGACCACCCUCCGUGACUUCGGGAUGGGGAAACAGAGCAAUGAGCAGCGGAUCCAGAGGGAGGCCCAGCUCCUGCUGGGGGCGCUCCGGAAGACCCAUGGCCAGCCCUUCGACCCCACCUUUGUCAUCGGCUUCGCGCCCUACAACGUCAUCUCCGACAUCCUCUUCCACAGACGCGCUGACUACAACGACAGGACGGCCCUGAGGAUGCUGAGUCUGUUCAAUGAGAACUUCUACCUGCUCAGCACACCCUGGGUCCAGCUUUAUAAUAAUUUCUCAGGCUGUAUACGUUACCUGCCUGGAAGCCAUAGAAAACUAAUGAAAAAUGUGUCUGAAAUAAAAGAGUACGCUCUAGAAGGAGUGAAGGACCACCAGAGGUCGCUGGAGGCCAGCUGCCCCCGAGACUUCACUGACACCAUGCUGUUGGAAAUGGAGAAGGAAAAACACAGUACAGACCCUGUGUACACUUUGGACAACAUUGCUGUGACCGUGGCUGACCUGCUCUUUGCGGGGACAGAGACCACCAGCACCACCCUGAGAUACGGGCUCCUGAUUCUCAUGAAAUACCCGGAGGUCGAAGAGAAACUUCAUGAGGAAAUUGACAGGGUGAUUGGGCCAAGCCGAAUCCCUGCCAUCAAGGACAGGCUGGAUAUGCCCUACCUGGAUGCCGUGGUGCAUGAGAUUCAGCGAUUCAUCGACCUCAUUCCCUCCAACCUGUUCCACGAAGCAACCCGGGACACAGUGUUCAGAGGAUACGUCAUCCCCAAGGGCACAGUCAUAAUUCCGACACUGGACUCCCUCUUGUAUGACAGCCAAGAAUUCCCCGAACCAGAGAAGUUUAAGCCAGAGCACUUUCUGAAUGAAAAUGGAAAGUUCAAGUACAGUGACCAUUUCAAGCCAUUUUCCGCAGGAAAGCGGGUGUGUGUUGGAGAAGGCCUGGCUCGCAUGGAACUGUUCCUGUUCUUGGCCUCCAUCCUGCAGCACUUUAACUUGAAGUCGCCAGUGGACCCCAUGGAUAUCGACCUCAGCCCCAUCGCAGUUGGGUUUGCCAAGGUCCCCCCCCAUUACAGACUCUGUGUCAUUCCCCGCUCACAAGUGUGAGGCACACGUUCUCUGAAGCCCGCGGGUCCCUUGAUGCUGGCCUGGAGGCCUCCUGCUUCCCUGUGCCCCUCAGCAAGGCUAGCCAGGGCUCCACAGGGAACCACCUGGGCCAGAGAGGCUGCUUUCCAGGCCAAGCACAUUCUUCAGGUAGAAUUUGAAACAAAGUCCAUAAAAGAUUGUGUCAAACUAAUUAAAGUAAUUAAAGCAAA